GCCAGCUCCUGCUUGGCUCCGGGAUGGGGGUGGAACCAUGGCCAGUGGCACCCGGGCUCCGUGCUGUGGCCCCCCGUGGCCUCCCAUCUCUGCCACCGAGGUGCCUGGAUCCGGGCCCAACUGGAAUCUCACCAGCAGCUGGGUUGCCCACCGCAUCAUCCCACCCGCGCCCUUCCCCCCGCCGACGGUGCAGUCCACGGUCGGGGACCCUCUACCCCCGGCUGCAAAGCAGGAUUCGCGCAUCUGGGCUUUCGACGAGGUCCUCAGCAGAUGGGAGACAACCUCUGGCUCAGCCUACGUGCCCAAGACCCAUGGCGGGCCCUGCGCCCAACCCAGAGCCCCAGAGCCUGCAGACCCCACGCGGACUGUGGGGAUCAAGGAUUUAGGAGAAAAGCUCAGACACCGCGGCUGGCGCCUCCCACUGACCACAAAGUACCAGAGCAGCGAGACGAAGGCGCAGUACACGGGCUAUCCCGGCCGGGACCCACGCGCCCCGGAAUACGUCGGGCUCCAGCCCCCGCAGCUCGCAGACCAUCACCGAGGGGGGCCUUCCCAGGCUCUAAUUCCCUGGACGAAGAACCCUGAGCUGUCUGGCUGGCCUUUCAUAGUAUCCGACCGGGGCGUCCUGGCCCGCCGGCAGCUCUAUCUGACCACCUCGGCGCGGGACUUUCGGUUUUAUCCCAAGAAGGAGCUGUCGGGAUACCCCCGCAAAGACUCCCUGACCUACUGGAGCUUCGAAGAGAUGCCCCAGGUCUCGGGGCACGGACCGCAGCAGCCGCCCCGACCGCCACGGGUCCGCGUGCCCCGCGCCCGCCCGGUGACUCUGGCCGUGCCGCACCGCGGGGCCUUGUCUCUGGCUCAGGAGUCCUACAGUCUCCCGCUGCACCCGCUCCGCCCGCUCGACCGCUUCUGCCUGCUGGAGGCGCCCUGGAGCGGCCCCCACUGGAAACCCCUGCCGGGCAUCCACAGCGUGCCGAAAGCCUACAGCGCCGAGAACUCCAGCUACGGCAGCUUAAAGCCGGCGCUGGUGUGAGCUGGCCCGGCAAGCCCCGCCCCGGACACGCCCCCUGGACAGAGGGGCGGAGCCGACCCGGGAAGACCCGGAUCCGGGCUCGCUGGGUGGGGCCGAGCUCGGGAGCUCCGCCCACUACACGGGGUCUCGACCGAGCCUGGGUCACACUCACUAUCGGCAAUGUGUCGGCGGGACUAGCCCAGACACGCCCCGCGGCUUCGUGGGGAGGGGGCUAAGUCCAGAAAAUGUUCAUGCAGGUUGUGGCCCCGCGGGCAGGACACGCCCCCUGCGGGUGUUUUAAAUAAUGAGUUAAAUAACC